AUGAGAAUUACAGGAGAGAUAAACGGUUUUCGGCUUGGACGACUGCCAGAUCGACUCGUCGAUUGGCCGGAGAUAAAUGCCGCAUGGGGACAGCUAGUUCUGCUGUUAGAUGUGCUCAUGCAGCGUGCGGGUGUUAAGAGAGAUAAUUUCAAGCUCAUAACUAUGUGCAGCCACUCAUGUAUACAGUAUAAACGUUCCACUGGUGAAGAAGUAAGAUAUCCGUUAUUCGCAUCUGGUAGUUGGAAGCCGUUUGGAAACAACAACAUGGAUAGUGGGAUCAUGGCUUAUUUGCAGUGCUUCGAGUUGCUUCCGUACUACAUUACA